AUGGGAGUGUUGAAGGCUGCAAUUGGAGACGCAACUUUGACAUCAAUGUGGGUUUUCAUCAUCUCAACUUUGAGGAUUGCUUCAACUGAGGUAGCACUUUUCCUUGGUCUCCAACCCCUCUCACUUCCAGGCCUCUUUAUCUCCACCAUCCUCAACACCCUCUAUGUCCUCACCAUAAGCUUCGUCGGAAGGGUCUUAGGUGGUGCCAGCUUCAACCCUUCAACCACCGUUUCAUUCUACACUGCAGGCCUCAGGCCUGACUCAUCUCUUGCAUCAAUAGCUGUUAAGUUCCCUGCUCAGGCAUUUGGUGGGGUCGUUGGAGCCAAGGCUCUUCUUCUAGUGAUGCCAUCUCAGUACAAGCACACGCUGAAAGGUCCUUUCUUGAAGGUGGACUUGCACACUGGUGCUAUGGCUGAGGGGUUGUUGACUUUCACUCAUAACAUGGCUAUCCUCUUUAUCGUGCUCAGGGGUCCCAAGAACCCUUUUUUGAAGGUGUAUUUGCUUUCUGUGGCUACUGCUGCUUUGGCUAUCCUUGGUGCUGGGUUCACUGGACCUUCCAUGAACCCUGCCAAUGCCUUUGGAUGGGCCUUCAUCAACAACAAGCACAACACUUGGGAGCAGUUUUAUGUCUAUUGGAUAUGCCCUUUACUUGGAGCAUCCUCAGCCGCUUUGAUCUACCGAUCUAUAUUCAUGUCACCAAUCAAGCAGAAGAAGGCUUGA